AUGCGCUUGUCGCAGUUGGCACAACUUCGUGGAAUGCAUCCCGAUCUGAUUCGACGGAUGAUCGAUAAUGUGGCUGAAGAUUGGUGUUACGUAUCGAUGGUUCUGGAUCGGCUGAUGUUAAUGAUAUUCAGUGUGAUAAAUGUCUGCGGCACGCUGAUCAUUCUACUGCAGUCGCCGGCACUCUACGAUAAUCGACCGCCGAUGACGAUCACACCGGCAAGUAAACCGCUCAGUGGUGAUACGCUCGAAAUUUUCGCCAAUAGCUCAUUUAUUCUCUGA